AGUUCCCAGAGUGCACUCGGGGUCCACAAAGCAACAGCUGGGCAGCUGCGGAGGAACCGGGCCCUCGGGAGCCGGAGCUUGGCUAGAUUUGGGGCCGGGCCGCAGUGGCUGCGGAGGCGAAGGCAGCGUCGGACCGGCCCUCCGGGGUUCAGAGCGGCCCUCAGGUCCCUGGCCCCGCGCCCUCCCUCGGCCGACUGCCCUAACGCAGGUCCCGGAGCCCGGGCCGAGCCUGCCGCAGGGAGCACCCGCGGGUGCCGGGAGCGGAGCGAGAGGAGGAAGGAGGAGGAGAGGAAGAGCCGGACGCCCCCGAGCCCUCCGCGCCGCAGCCUCCCCGGGGCCUGGGAGCGAGACCGAGGGCCAUGGCCGAGGCGGCGCCUGCUCCGAUUCCAGAAUGGGAAUCAGAGUGUACCACUUCACUGCAGUCCCUCCCACUGCCGAGUGAGGCCCACCUGCAGACAGCAGCCAUCUCCCUAUGGACGGUUGUGGCAGCAGUUCAGGCUGUAGAGAGAAAGGUGGAGGUGCACAGCCGGAGGCUUCUGCAUCUGGAAGGGAGGACAGGAGCAGCCGAGAAUAAGCUGAACAACUGUGAAAAAACAGUGGCAGACCUUGGGAACCAGCUGGAGGGGAAAUGGGCUGUGUUGGGGACCCUGCUCCAAGAAUAUGGGCUGCUGCAGCGGAGGCUAGAAAACAUGGAGAACCUGCUGAGAAAUAGGAAUUUCUGGAUCCUCCGGCUUCCCCCAGGUAUUAAAGGAGAUAUCCCAAAGGUGCCAGUGACGUUUGAUGAUGUCUCCAUCUACUUUUCUACGCCAGAAUGGGAGAAGUUAGAAGAAUGGCAGAAGGAACUUUACAAGAACAUAAUGAAGGGCAACUAUGAGUCUCUCAUCUCAAUGGAUUAUGCCAUGACACAACCUGAAGUUUUGUCUCAAACUCAACCAGAGUCAGAACAGAAUACAGAGAAUCAGGCGAGACCAGAUGAGAGUGAGAUGACUGCAGAGCCCAGCGAUGAGCCAGGCAUUUCCACAUCAGACAUUCUCUCUUGGAUUAAACAAGAAGAUGACCCCCAGGUGGAUGGUCCACAGGACCCUGAAGAAAGUGACAUUUACAAAGGCACCUAUGCUGAUGAUGAGCUUGCCAUCAAAGCUGAAGGGCUUGCUGGAGGCCCUUUGUGUUCAGAUACCCAGGUUACCUCUGUCAAUUCGCCGGCAGUGGCAAAAGAUGCUUUCCAGGAUGCAGCUUUCAAGAGCCAGCAUCCUCCACCUGUACUACCCUCUGGACCUCCACUUAAUAACCCCAUUGACCCUCUUGGGGGACAGGCUAGUUUCACCCAGCUGGGCAACCUUCCUCUUCCCCCCCAAUCAGGGGAGCAACAGCAACUCUUUCCUUGUCGUCGUUGUGGCAAGAAUUUUAACCAGAAGGAAAUGUUGAUGGACCACCAGAGCAGUCAUGCUGGUGAGCGUCCCUUUGCGUGUGCCCAGUGUCCUAAGCGCUUUGCACAGCAGGCCAACCUCAGCAAUCACGCUCGUGUGCACACAACUGAGCGGGCCCAUACCUGCCCACAUUGCUCCAAGAGCUUUGUACACCCUUCUCGGCUUACCUACCACUUGCGGGUCCACAGUGGUGAACGGCCCUUUCCAUGUCCAGAAUGCCCCAAGCGUUUCGCUGACCAAUCUCGGCUCACCAGCCACCGACGUGGCCACUCUGGGGAGCGGCCGUUUCGCUGUGCUCAGUGUGGUCGGAGCUUCAGUCUGAAGAUUAGUCUUCUGCUCCACCAGCGGGGCCAUGCUCAGGAACGCCCCUUCUCCUGCCCUCAGUGUGGCAUCGACUUCAAUGGCCACUCGGCACUGAUCCGUCACCAAAUGAUCCACACGGGUGAGCGGCCCUACCAGUGUGGCGAUUGUGGCAAGAGCUUCAUGCGUAAGGAGCAUCUGCUGAAUCACCAACGACUGCACACAGGCGAGCGUCCCUUCCACUGUGCCCACUGUGGCAAGAGCUUCAUUCGUAAGCACCACCUAAUGAAGCACCAGCGCAUCCACACAGGUGAGAGGCCCUACCCCUGUCCCUGCUGUGGCAAGAGCUUCCGCUACAAACAGACACUCAAGGACCAUUUGCGAGCAGGCCAGGAUGGAAGUUGCAGUGGUGAUGGAGACGUACCAGGGCAGCCGCCAGACCCCCCUGGCCUCCUCCUACCAGGGCUUGAGCCCACGGGCUUAGGGAUUGGAGCUGAUGGCCUAGAAACCAACCAUUGGUAUGGAGAGGGGGGUGGAGGGGGUGUUUUGUAAGUCCUUCAUCUCUUGUUUCUCCGGUAAGUGGAGAAUCCCAAAGACAGGGAGCCCAAGAUCAUUUUAAACUGGCUCUUCAGUGCAUUUUGGCAUCAUACAUCUAACUAGUGACAUACCUGGUUGUUUGGAACUUCAUAGUAUUGCAAAUAAUGAAGACACAUUGUGAAAUUUGGAGGAGCUUGAAAAGAAUCCACCCACCCUGUCCUUAUGAAGAAAUUACAUGAGCCGAAGAGGUGAAAUUGUUGCAAAGAGGCUGAAGUUGGUAGAUCACUGGCAGAUAAUCCAAGUUAUUUGUAGGUUGAAGUCUAGGGGAGGAGCAAGUAGCAUGGGAAAACCUCUAAAACUUGAUACUUUCCCUGUGCUAUGAGGUUGAUGGGACAUUGAGGCUUCUCCCUAGCUCGUGGGUGAGUGAGGUGGCCGUUAGAGGGGAGAGCUGGGCACGGAGCUGCCAAAAUGGGGGCUGGUGCUCUCUCCUGGUUCCAGCAUAGACCCACUUACUCGUCCUCCUGCUUACUUUCCCUGAAAUAGACCCAGCAUGAUGGAGAUUCCUUUUCUUCAUCCGUGUCAACUCAAGACUUGGCCUGCUAUAAGAUUUCUUGGAUUUAAUCAAUAUGAUUUUCUUUAACUAUUGAAUCAGCCCAGGGUGAGAGAUCUGAAUUUUGUAGGUUGGGAAUCUCCUUAAGGAGAAUUGGUUGGUUUUGAACUUUUCACUGGCUUGGUUUACAGUCUUCCCUCCAUAGUAUUCAGGAUUUUACUGAAAUUUAAAUUCCUGGAUAUUAGCAUUCUCAGCCUACACAUAGUCCCUGACCCCAAAAUCUGAAAAACAGAAUUUAUUGGAGUAAAUGACAGGCCAUGUCUCUAAGGGCAACACCUCAGAUUUGUGACUAGGCCAUCAACUUUAAAUGUGAGUACAUCUAAUGUAUACAUUUUUCUCUGUCUUUACAGAAAUAAUAAGCUGGCUUUUCUCUUUCUGAUAUUUUGGACAUUUGUGACUAUAGAUAGCAGAAAAGAUUAGAACUCACAGCUUUCAACUAGCUGAAGACUCUCACUGUUUGUUUCACAUGCAAUGAAACUAAGCCAUUUUGGUAAUGUGGCUGGCUCAAACCGUUAGAGGAAGUGUAUGUUCACCUCCAUUUGACCCUACCCUGGGAAAAUGGUAAGAUCAAAAAGCUUCCUCCCUAGCUGGUAGCUAGCCCUUCCUUGUACAUAAACAGCCUAUCUGUCCCAUCCAUAUCAUGCUCUCAGGGCUACUGGCUAUUGUGUGCACAAGUUCAUUAGUUGUUGUGUAUGGGUCCCCCAGUCAUCUGGAGCAACUGAGUCACCUGCUUCUACUCCUUACUGAGUUUGGGCUAGUAACUUCCUUCUCUGGACCCUAAUUUACCUUUCUGUAAAAUAAGAAUAGUCCCUGUCCAGUUCACCUCAGACAGCUGGUAUGAGGAACAAGUAAGAGCUCUACAGAAAUGUGGAAGAAUGUGAUUGUCGGGCAGCAUACUCUCCUUCUUGCCAAAAAACCCAUUUAACUAUUUUUCAGCCUCUUACGUAGAUAGACUUGAGUAGGACAGCAGAGUCAAGGUGGAGAGACUUCUGCCUGAUGCUUGACCCACAUCUUAUUAGAGUUGUAUGUACUUUCUUAAAAUUUGAGAACCUGUGGAAGAUAUGGGUAGUAUUCCUAUACAGAAGCUGCAGCCAUGCACAUUGGCGAGACAGGCUGGUAGCAUUAGCCAGGAGGAAGGCAACAGCCUCUCUCACCAAGUAGUCUUUGCUCACAGAGAAUACCUUGGUCCAUGGCGUUCAAUGAUAAGAUCUUUACUUGGUGGUUUGAGUGAGAAGGACAUGUCUUUCCCUCACAUUCUAACCUUAACUCUUACCCAGAUGGCACAACUGUCUGUGGCCUGGCUGAGGAAGGGUAUUUUCCUUGACCAGCUGUGAUAUUGAGCAUUUUGAACAGGAAGGCAAUGUAAUAUGUAAUAGGAAGAGCAUUGGACAAGAGCUUAGGACAUCAGGAUUCUGCCAUUAAGUAGCUUUGUGACUUUGGGCAAAUUGCCUCUGUCUCAGUUUCCUUAUCUGUGAAAUUGUUAGAUGACCUUCCAGAUCUAUGAUAUUGUGAUUCUGUGAGGCACAGUGAAAAAGAAUGUACAGAUUUCUUAGGAAGAAGCCACAAUAGGACAGCAAGGUGUCAGGCUGUCUUAGCACUGACACAAAUUGGGAGUUUAACAUGGACUCAUGAUCAUCUCAUCUACUCUCCCACUCCCUGACUAGUAAUUUUUUGAAAAAUUGUGUUUUUUGAAGAUCAGAAGGUGGAUAAUCAAAAUGCUAGGCAAACAAAAGGACUAACCUAAUAAGUAGAAAAGUAUCUAGGGGCAAUUUCUACAUUGAUCAUUCUCUCACAAGGACCAAGCUGUUAGACUGGAGUUUGAAAAGGGGCUUUAAGAUACAAAGGUCAUUAGCCCUCAUAGGCAAAAAAGAUGAUCCCUGACCACAGGCCCUAGAUCUAGCCAACCAUGUUUCACCUGGAUUCUCUCAGUAGUCUUCAUUUGUGGCAGAGAAGUUUAACAAAUAUACUAGCCUGUCCCCCCUGUUCACCCUCCUGCCCUCCCUUUCAGUUAAAACCCAUGCCUCUACACACGGAUGUCAUCUCUCUCCUUGACCACUUUCAACCAUUGUAAUUGUCAGUUGCCAGGUUGGUGGCUUAUAUCACUAAUUGAUCCAGUUGGUUUAUUAAGGAGAUCAGAAUAAACAGACUCACUCUUUGCUGGGUAUUUUCAUUGUCUCUUGUGGGAUGGCAGUUAAUCUACAUGCAAAUUGGUGAACAUCGGUAAAUGACCAGCCUGUAAAUUAGUUUGUUACAUAGCAAGAAAAAUGGUCAUUAUCCUUCACUAUUGACUCAAUAUUGGGGGUACCUUAUUGUGGGCCCUGGGGUAACAGCAGGAACCUCCAUGACUCAUCAUCAAAGAUUUUGUUCUUAAUAAAAGGAAUCCUUAGAACCUCAGUGAUUAGGAGAUCUAGGCUUUCACUCCCACUCACUUCAUAUAGUGUAAAGAUAACUCAUGGGUUUGUGCUCAGACCCCCUCUGAAAGAGGAGACUGUCUGAAUCAGUAAAGUCACCCCAGAAGACUCUCUGCAGUAUUUGAGGAUGACCUUAAGGGAAUGGAUAAGAGAGUGAAUCCUUCAGAGACCAGUGGGAGAUAUUUCCUGGUCUCAGCUGGGUUUUGGUGGGGUGGAGGGUUGCCUGUAAAGCUUAAUCUUCACUCUUCUUCAGCUCCAUCCCAGGCAGGAACACAUUUCUAGAUUAGAGCAGCCUGUUUGGCUCAUAGGUGUCUUGUGCAAGGAGCAUUUUUUGUCUUAGCCGUUUUUGUGACCUGAACAUGAGAUUUAUGUUUCAUAAGCAAGGGUAAAAAGUGUUCUCAGAGCAAUGUCUACCCCUUCAGACUGUCCCUUCACAAAUGCUACUCUGUACUCUAGUUUUUCUUUCAGUGGACAGAAAUAAACAAAAAUAUACUUCAUGUCACAGUGUAUGUCAGCUGCAAUGGUUUUAAAAGGAAUCUCCCAAACAACUAGAUAGAUUCAUGAAUACAAAAAGAGAAACCAACUUCCCACCAGAGAAUGCAAGCAUGAAGUGGGGGAAACAUCUGUGCCCAGCCAAAAGCAGAGGGGCAUACCAAAAAUGGGACCAGGGUGCUCUGAGUGUUGAGUAAGCAGUUCAAAUAAAGUCAUAGGAGUUUUGAUAAA